UUUUUCCUUACACGAGUUUCGUUCUGCUAGAGAGUUUUGAGGUAAAAUAGUGCUCAGAGAGUCAGAGUUUCUGGGAACCUAAUUGUUGUCCUUAAAUCAGGCUUGCUAGAAACAUCUAAAUUCUAAGGAAAAUCAUAAAAUGACUUCAGAUAAAAAUAUUGCGGAAACCACCGGGGAGCAAGGAAAAUCCAAGAAAGCAGCAAAAAAAGAGGCAAAGGAAGCUGCCAAAGCAGCUAAAAAGGAGGAAAAGAAAACAGCAGUUGAUGUAGCUCAUGUGGAAGAGGUCGACUAUUCCGCUGGCUGUUAUGGUAAUGCUGUUAUGAACCAAAGUCAAGAAAAGCUGGAACGAUCUAUCAUAAGAGUUGAGGACAUUGGAUUGUCUCUCAUUGAAUCAAAAAUCUGGACUAGAGGUAGACUACACACCAGCAGAGCUAAAGGAAAACAAUGCUUCUUCUUGCUGCGUCAGCAGCAAUCAACUGUGCAGUGCCUUUUGGCUGUGUCGGAGUCUAUCAGUAAAGCAUUUGUUAAAUUUACUGCUGGUAUUACGAAAGAGUCAGUCAUUGAUGUAGAGGGUGUAGUUCGCUCUGUGCCACAGAAAAUUGAAGGGGCAACCCAACAGGAUGUAGAACUUCAUGUAACACAAGUGUGGGUUGUCAGUGCUGCCGAACCACGCCUGCCGCUUCAAAUUGAAGAUGCUUCUCGCCCUGAAGAAGAGAAAGAAGGAGAACUAGCCAUAAGAGUUAACCAGGAAACGCGGCUAGAUAACCGUGUAUUAGAUUUGCGCACACCUACAAAUCAGGCAAUAUUUCGAAUUCAAGCUGCCGUUUGCCGACUUUUCCGCGAGGCACUUGAUCAACGAAAAUUUGUGGAAAUCCACACUCCGAAAAUCAUUUCGGCAGCAAGCGAAGGAGGCGCGAAUGUCUUUACGGUGUCUUAUUUCAAGGGUUCUGCUUAUUUGGCGCAAUCACCACAACUUUAUAAACAAAUGGCAAUUGCUGCAGAUUUUGAAAAAGUUUACACUAUUGGAGCAGUUUUCCGAGCGGAAGACAGCAACACCCAUCGACAUUUGACUGAAUUCGUCGGCCUAGAUUUAGAAAUGGCUUUUCAUUCUCAUUACCAUGAAGUCCUGGACACUAUCGGCUCAGUACUGACUGAAGUUUUCCGCGGCCUUCAAAACCAAUGUAUACAGGAAAUUGCAACUGUUAAUCGUCAAUUUCCGUCAGAACCGUUUACCUUUCUGGAUCCUCCGUUGCGCCUAGAAUUUCCAGAAGGAGUUGAGAUGCUUCGCCAGGCAGGAGAACAAAUUGGUGACGAGGACGAUUUAAGUACUCCCAUGGAGAAAUUAUUGGGAAGAUUAGUGAAAGCAAAAUAUGGAACCGAUUUCUAUAUUCUGGACAAAUAUCCCCUAGCUGUUCGUCCAUUCUACACGAUGCCGGAUCCUAAGAAUAAGAAAUAUUCGAAUUCUUACGACAUUUUUAUGCGUGGAGAAGAAAUCAUGUCUGGAGCUCAACGAAUUCAUGAUCCCGAAUUUCUGUCAGAGCGAGCCAGACACCACAACAUUGAUCUAUCAAAAAUUAAAGCAUACAUAGAUUCUUUCCGUUAUGGUUGUCCUCCCCACGCCGGUGGUGGUAUUGGGAUGGAACGUGUAGCGAUGCUUUUCUUGGGACUUGAUAACAUCAGGAAAACAUCAAUGUUUCCACGCGACCCAAAAAGAAUUACUCCGUAAUUUAGUUUGUGUUUGCCAAUAUCUAAGGAAACGCAUCAAAAGUUUCCUCCCGUUGGGUUAACAUGUCCUACAUGGUUCUGUUAAUACGGCAAUACAAUAUGACUAAAUUCA